CUCAGAACCACGCUUAUGGCCGCCGUGCGCCUGGGAGCGGGUGUGUCAGGUGUGUGCGCUCGGAAUCAGUCCCGUCUGUGCCUCACACUGCUGCCCGUGCGUUUCUGUACCGCUCGCGAAUCCGGCGACACUACAGAGUUGAUAUAAUUUCUGUCUUCUGGAAGCGAGAUGGCCAAAUCAGCAAAUGGCUGAUGAUGACUGUGAUGGGCUGACGCGGUUACUUCACUGCUCCUGAACGCAGAGGAGUCCCACUGAGGCGGAGGCCGUGAACGUCUCACACGCAGCCCUGUUCAUCGCCCCUCCUCCACCUUCCGCCUGAAUCCCUCCAUCUCCGCUCCGCUCUCAGUGCUCGGACGGGAAGGUGCGGAGCUCAGUCCCACUUUGAGGAAAUUCGAGGAAAGUCAGACGUCGUCUGCAGCCUGGCAGAGCAGAACAGAACAGGAAGAUCUCAUCCGAGACGGCCGGCAUUUCAGCGCUUCUGUCCAGCUGCGUGGAAACCGAAGUAAAAUGGAUCCGGUGACUCAGUCCGCCCAGAUCUCGUCGUCGCAGGGCUUUGCCGACGGGCACAGCUCUGCCGCCAAGGAGUCCAAGCUGUCCGAUUCCUUUCUUUCCUCUUCGCCUGUAUCUCUCAUUCAGUCUCCUCAAGACAAAAGAACGGGUUUUGGAUCUGACAAGCCCUGCGAGGGUGUAGCGACAUCUCUUCGCUUUCCUUCGAAACCUGGGUCAUUCUCCCCUGGUAAUUACGGAAGUGAAGCAGGGCCACCAGACGGACCACCGGAUUCACCAAUAAAGACCUCUCCUGUUUCAGAGCGAAUAAAGGCUCUGGAGGCUCUCGCUGCCAAAAAGACGCAGCCGGAUUUUAGAAGCGAUGGAGGUUUCUCUCAUUUUAGGGACCGCCACCAUGAGAAACCUACUGAGACCUCAAAAUCUCCUGUGGAGAAUCAAAAAUCUCCCAUUGAGAUUCAAAAACCUCCAAAUGAGAAAACUACACCCACUACCCAGAAAAUGGGAGGCUCUGCUGAGCAGGAAUCCCCAGAAUCCCCCUUCGAAGUACUUGGAGAUUUGAGACAACUGAACGAGUUUGAAGAAACAGAAGAAUGGAUGAAGGCUCAUUUACCACCCGUGCCAGACUUCUCUUCUGUAGAUUUAACUGAAGGCACCAACAACGUUGCACCCAAGGGCAAGGAGACUCCCAUUGUUAUACCUGCUUCCUUUACUGGUGUCCCCGAUGCUUUUGUAGAUUCUCCUGUGGAAGCUCCUCUGGCGAAAGAUGAGUUUGGUGACACAAGGAAGCAACCAUCUGUUGAAGAGGAGUUUGACCUUAACUUUUUGCCAACAGCGUACAUGUGGGAUCAGCAGGAAAAAUCAGGCGACCAGCCUCCAUCAAACCUUGAUUCAGUGAUUGCAUCGCCUCCUGCAGGGUUUGGCACUCCAUCGCCUCCUCUAACUCCUACAGCUGGCGCACAGCCAAAACAGAAUGCGGCAGAUGAAGAAAAGGCCUUCCCGACCGGAGAUCGAGAGCUCCCAGAGGCAAGUGAGGCAGACAGCUCAGGAGAGUCAGAUGACACCGUUAUUGAAGACGAUGCAGGUGCUCCUACCUCUGCCCCCCGUCCAUCUUUUGACCCACAAGUUUCAAAAGAUCCUACCACUACAUCUGCCUCUGCAGAUUUCCCCACCGCAGAAAAGGAGACGCCUCCCCCAAAGUCUGAAAGAAAGUUAAUGCAGGUUCCAACAAUCAAUGUUAUUGAGACAGACGAGCCAAAUUACAGUGAUGACGAGAUGGAACUGGAACCCGAAGCAGAAGAUGAGGAUUACGAAGUUGAAAAACAGGCACCCAGUGAGGCUCCAGAAACUUCACAGUCAGAGCCCGAAGACAGUAAAAGUGAACAACCCAAAACACGGCCCUUGGAAACUGAGUUCAUGGAAGGCUACUCGCCUCCAUCCUCACCUGUGGACUCUGAUUCCGAAUACUCUCCCAAACACAAGAUCCUCAAAUCUGUUCCAGAAAUGGUUAACCAGGAAUCUGCAGCAAAGCCAGAGACCCUGGCCAAAACGACUGAUUCAAGGGACUCUGCAUCAGGCAUUUCUCAAGCACAGCCCGAUAAGGCACAGACUACUUCAAAUAAAGUAAAUGAAGAACCCUCCCAAUUCACACUCCCAAAUGAAGAAGUGGACUUCCCAGACAAUGAUGAUGAGUGGUCCGAUGAAGCUCAGGAGAUCCUGGUUAAGGAUUACAGUACUGAUCUUAUAUCCAAGGAACCAGCUCCUUACACACAGCCCAAACUGUAUGAAAAGGGUGAAAAGACUGUUCCUCUUUCUAAAACCACCUUUAUGCACGAUGAUAUAUAUGACAGACAAUCAUUUGAUUAUGACUAUGAUGCAUCCUUUCCCUUGGAUGACAUUGACCACAAAGGGCUGAGCAAUGCAAAGGAGCGCUUUCUUUCUGACCCUUCCCAAAGUGACACUGAAAUGCUGAAUGAUAUUCCAGAGGACAGGCAAAGUCUGGAUGGUGUCACUUCACUGAAUGAUGGAGCUUCCUCAGAGCAAGCUGGCCAGCCCUCCCUAAGAGAAGAUCCCCCAAAUCCAUAUUCUUUCCCAAGUGAGGCACAAAGCGGCUUCAGUGAGCCAGAGCUCAAUAAGAAAAGCAGUGACACUGUUGGAGAUGAGAGUUCCCUUUCUGAACCUACGGACAGUUUUGUGGAAUUCAUGCGGGAGUGCCUGAAAUCGAGGCAAGACGAGGAACCUGACAACGUGCAUCAAGGUGUUCACGUAAAGCGCGAGCUCAACCAAACCGGUUUGCCUCCUUCCCAGUCCCCUCCAAUCACGGUGAUGGAUCUUGAACAAGAGCAACUUACUAUCAGCGCUCUCAAAGAGCUUUGCAGCAGUCAGGAGGAGGAGGAAGAGGCGGCGGUGAACGUCCAGUCCAAGGCUUCAGACUGUGACCAAACUGACCUCAACUCUGCAUCUGCACAACAGUCUUCCUUAACAUCAGCUACUAAUCCUCCAUGUUUCCAGCACAACCGUGCUCUUGACAGCACAUAUUCCAAAGAGGUAGAAGCUAUCGAUGAAUGGGUGGCCGAGGCCUAUCAUCUUGCUGAGCAUGUCUUGACAGCAAUACUAACCCACUUAUCAGCCAAGGAUCUGGUCCACUGGCGAGACCCCAAGAAGUCGGGCGUGGUGUUUGGCCUGUCCAUGCUGCUGCUGCUGUCGCUCGCAGCCUUCAGCAUCAUCAGCGUGGUCUCCUACCUGCUCCUGGCCCUGCUCUGUGUCACCAUCACCUUCCGCAUCUACAAGUCUGUGGUGCAGGCGGUGCAGAAGUCUAACGACGGACACCCGUUCAAAGCACUGAUAGAUAAGGAUGUCAGCAUCCCUCCGGAGACUUUCCGCAAGCACGUGGAUGCUAGUCUGGCCUACAUCAACCGAGCCCUCAAGCAGAUGAGCCGCCUCUUCUUGGUUGAGGACCUUGUGGACUCCCUAAAGCUGGCCGUGGUCAUGUGGCUGCUGACCUACGUGGGAGCCGUUUUUAAUGGAAUCACCAUCCUCAUCCUAGGUGACAUCCUGCUCUUCACCGUGCCCCCCAUCUACGAGAAGAACAAGACUCAGAUUGAUCAGUACAUCGACGUGGUGCGUACUCAAGUCAACACUACAAUUGCCAAGUUACAGGAGAAACUCCCAGGAGCUAUGAAGCGCAGCAAAACUGAAUGAUCCCCCCGCCCCUAUUACGAAGCACCACGUCACCAUCAUCUUCAUGUUCAUCACCAUAUUAAACCCCCCUUCCCUCCCCCUCCCCCUCUCCAGUUAAGCCACCCCACCACCCCCCCCCCAGUCUAACUCCUCCCCACUCCGUCCACCAUCACCGCCCUACUACACUGAACCUUCCUAGGUAGAAAAUCUCUGAGCUACUCAAUAUUCAACUACUGCGCAGCUUAACUUGCAAGCGUUAGAACAGAGCCGUGCCUGUGCAGACAGGAAGAGCAUCGCAACCAGGGAAGUGACAUAAUGGCACGGCAGAUCCCGCCUGGCUGUGGACGUGCCACGCACGGGGGGGGGAACGGAGACGGGAUGGAGUGAACUAGACUGAAUCUAUGACCUGGUUUUGUCUUUCACAGCGAGUGGGGGACGGGGGGCUGUUGAUGUCACACACACACACACAAAAAAAAAGAAAAAAAAAAGCAAAUGUCUGUACUUCAUUUCCCUGAAGGUUCAUUUAAAGUGGCAAAGUUAAGAAAAAGUCAAAAAUCUGUGUAAAAAGCUGGGAUCAGAGCGUCCUGAUGGGGUUACUGUGGCCGGGUUAUCCCGCUCUCUGAUCCACAGCUGCGUGGAUACGUGGAGGUUUAGAAGCAGGUGAACGGGUUGCCGUUGUUCCCGUUCACCGUACGGACACUCGUGUAUGUAAGUUUCUGCAAUGCACUGAACUUUUUUUUUUUUUUUUCUUUUCGGUUGUUGUUCUUUUUUUUUUCUUCUUAUCCAUGAGCAGGCGGAAUGAAAGGAUCGGAACGCCGAGCCAGCCGUGAUGAUUUGGUCUAGUUCACCGUCUUCGGAUCAGAUGCAAUUUUUGAGCAGUUUUCUUUGUAUAUACACCGUGAAGCAGGUCCAGGUUCUCUGUGCUGGAUUCAACACAUUAGCCUUGCUUUUUAUAUCAAAGGAAAGCCCCCCCCCCAACUUGGAGCAGUCCUAACUCCUUUGGCCACCCCUGCUCCGAGCCACAAAGUGUUAACGUUCUCACAUUCACCUGUAGAUUUUGAUUCUUCUGAUCACUACUUAUUACUGCUCUGGGUAUUAAUGAUUAUAGGUUAGCUGCUUUAACUCCCUGCUGGCUUGAGAAUAGCAAUGUAAGGAUUAUGUUAAGUGUUUUUGAGCUUCAUAAGUUUAAAGUCUCUAAGAAGCCUCUCGAGAAAUGAACUCCUGGUUCUUUCAUAGGUUAAGCAGCACUCUGAGUUGUUCCGCACCCCCUAAAUCUAAAUUCCCAUGUUGACUUCCCAGAUUGUUGUUGUGCUGAGUUUCCAAAUUACAGAGUGUCAGAUGCGUGGGAAUUUUCCAGCGCUGAAUUUGGAAAUAUUGUCAUGUUUUUUUUUUUUUGUGGCAUCAGUUUGUAACAUGACUUUAUUAAAAUGUAUCCAUUAAGCCUGAAUCUGUUUUGCCUUUUUGAACUGCAGCUGACACAGUUCACACUCAUCCAGAACAUCAGCUGUGAGUUAAGAGUUUAGGUGCUGGUGGAACAAACCUAGCGGGUGCAUUGUGAAUGUAGCUGGAGAAGAUGGGGGGGGUGGGGGGGCUUCUAGAGCUCUGGACGCCACCUUGUUUUUCUUUGACUGCCAGCAAGUGCAGCAUCAUAGUGUAAGCUGGGAUCUCCCCUCUAUAGGCUGUAUCAUAUUCUCGACCCUAACUUUGGUUUAAUAUGAAUACUCGUGAUUGUUAUAAUGGUGUUUUUGAACUCAUGUGUUGGCACUACUGCUUAAUCUCCAUAUUAAUUUAAGGGAUGGAUACGUGGAUGGAAAUGAAAUGACACGUAGUGUGCGUCAGUGUUGCUGUCCGUUUCAUCGUGCCCUGGUGUCAGUCUGCUCAUCUCCCGAGUACCGCACGGCCAAUAGCGAGAGGCCGCCUCUCACAGCAGUACCUGCUGUACCCACGCCCGCCUUGUCUGCUCAGUGUGUUCUCUUGUGGAACAUUGCUCCCCUUGCAUGCCCUCUGUGUGUGUGUGUGUGUGUGUGUGUGUGUGUGUGUGCGUGUAGACUGCUGUCUUGGACGCCCAGAUGUGUAACUUUCCUGUCGGAGGUGCCAGCUGUUAGCCCGUCAGUCUCCUCGGACUGUGCCGCGCUGCAGAGGACACAC